AUGAAUAAUGGUACAACAAUUUUGUUAGGAAGACAAUGGAUUUCUGAAUUAGCUAUUCCUGUUAAAGUACCACAGUUGGAGUUGCAAAAUCAUUUUAAGGAUGAAUUAAUUAAUAAAGAAAAGUUAAUUAAGGAUAUAAUUUGUAGGCAUAAAGGAUUGUUCGACGGCACACUGGGUCGGUACACGGGGGCCCGCGCCGAGCUAUUCGUCCGGGACAGUGUGCAGCCUAUCUACUGGUGCGCGCGGCCGGUCGCGAGGUCGCGGGGAGCUGGACGCGAUGCUGAGCGCCGGGGUCAUCGAACCGGUGGAGCGCUCCGACUGGGCAACUCCUCUGGUUUUAGUACACAAACCUGA